CGUGAGACAGAGAGCGUGAGACAGAGAGCGUGAGACAGAGAGCGUAGAGCAUGAGACAGAGAGAGGACAUCUGAACGUUUUCAACCUGUGAUAACGGUAGGUGAUGCGAAUCCAAACCAGGGGCUCAUCCAACAUGCGGGGACAAAGGAAAUUCCUCAGCAUGGAAUGCACCGAAGUGAGAUAUUAUUAGGCAAUUAUUUUCACAAGGGGAGGGCUGCCUAUGACAUUUUAUGAUUUUGGAGGGGUUCUACGUAUAUAAAAACGUGAGCAGGGACAAGAAAAAAAGCUGCCACUCAAAAGGAGUCUGAGGAUUGAGUUGUUUGGUGAUGAACAGCACUGUUCAUCCAAUGCGCAAGGUAUUGCGUGAUUGAAAAGUAAGGAUAUAGCAGCUCUGAAUGCGAUGCAAAUGAACUGGACAAACUAAAGGAGAACACACAGGCUUCUGCGUUAGCUGAAGUAAAAACUGGUCUGUUCUAGGGAGUACACAAACCAAAAGACAUCGGCGCCUGGACUACGAGUCAGACAACCAACUCCUGACCUAACAUCCCCUUUACUGUGGUGGUACAACCUGUGCUUGGAUUACUGCCUGGAACAAGCUUGAGGCGACCUGUUCAGUUCUGGAGCGGCGGGGCUUUUUCGAUUGUGACGUGGCCCUUUUGGUUUGUACGCUGAGUCUGAGGAUGAGCCACCGCCCUGUGUGCUGGCUCUGAGCUGCCCUCCACUGCCCUCCCCCGUGCCUGUGGGACCCUGUGACCAUGCUGGCCAAGCCCCCUGAGCCAGCCAGAGCAGAACCACGACCCGCGCGCCCAGGUCAGCCAUCCCUUCCACAGCAGGAUGUCCCAGCCAGAUGCGGUCCCGCUGGGGACCAACGGCUCGGUGGCCGGAGCUCAGCUGCACUGGGCUGCUCUGCUCAUCAUCAUGGUUAUCAUCCCCACCAUCGGAGGCAACAUCCUGGUCAUCUUGGCCGUGUCGCUGGAGAGGAAGCUGCAAAACGCCACCAACUACUUCCUGAUGUCCCUGGCAGUGGCCGACCUGCUGGUGGGACUCCUGGUGAUGCCCAUCGCCCUCAUCACUGUGCUAUACAAUUCCGGGUGGCCUCUUCCGGAGUUCCUCUGCCCAAUCUGGCUCUUCCUGGACGUCCUGUUCUCCACAGCGUCCAUCAUGCACCUGUGUGCCAUCUCACUGGACCGCUACAUAGCCAUCAAGAAACCCAUUCAGCACAGCCAGUAUAAGUCCAGGUCCAAAGCCAUGGCCAAGAUAGCAGUGGUGUGGCUCAUAUCCAUUGGUAUCGCAAUCCCCAUUCCCAUCAAGGGGCUGAGAAACUACCAUCUUCCAAACAAUGUCACCUUUAACAGCAACCACACCUGCCUACUGAAACCAGACAGCUUCCGAGAGUUCAUCAUGUAUGGCUCCAUGACAGCUUUUUUCAUCCCUUUAACCAUCAUGAUGGUCAUCUACCUGCUCACCAUUCAGGUGUUGCGCAAGAAAGCUUUUCUGCUCAGGUCAAAGGUCACCCAGCGCUUCACUCGGCCAACAGUCUCCACAGUCUUCCAGAGGGAGCAGUCCAUGGCCUCUCCCACAACUGAGAAACAUCCAGGAAAUCCCACCCCUCCUACCAACCCCAUGACAAGUGAAGAUAUCCCCAUCCGUCGCAUGUCCACCAUGGGCAAGAAGUCCAUGCAAAACCUGACCAAUGAGCAGCGUGCCUCUAAGGUGCUGGGCAUCGUCUUCCUGCUGUUUGUGGUCAUGUGGUGCCCAUUCUUUAUCACUAACAUCACCUCUGUGCUUUGUGCGAGCUGCGACGUCAAUGUGAUCGGCCGUCUGAUGGAGAUCUUUGUGUGGGUGGGCUACGUGUCAUCUGGUAUCAACCCGCUGGUCUACACCCUCUUCAACAAGACUUUCCGCCAGGCCUUUACACGCUACAUCACCUUUAACUACAGCCGCAUCAGUAAUGGGCCAGCCAGCCAUACAAGGGAACAGCAUGGCUGCAGGAAUCUAACACGGAUCUCCUUCCGUUCAUCUGUGGCAGAGAACUCUAAGCUGUUCAUGAAGCGGGGAAUGAAAAACGGCAUCGGGCCAGUGUGCUAUCAGAGUCAACUGAGCCGAAGGCAAGCACCAAUACAGUCCUCUGGCAGCGUUCUACUGGACACCCUGCUCCUUACCGAGAAUGAGGAUUGCAAAUCCGAAGAGCAUGUCAGUUACUUGUAGGCCUUUCGGAAAAUGCAGUCAGCAAAAGGGAAACAAUUAGAACCAGAAAGUCACAUGUAAGAGGCACCCAAGGCUUGAGUUGUGAGCUCCCCAGGGGAUUACCUUCCAUGAGCAUCACGUGGAUUAUUUUCUAUUCAAGAAAACAGUGUGCUCUCAGGGGGAAAACAAAAAGGAGACGUCGAUUUCUGUCAAACAACUAAGUAGGCCCUCUGUACAGAGAUAGCUGAACAUUAUGCGUAAAAUGAGACAUCAAACAGGUGUGUUGAGGUGGUUGCCCUCAAUAAAAGAUAAGCUGACAAGGGUCAGGUCGGAUUGUUCCUAAGAAAGCCACACGAGAAAUACAUAAGGAAUGAAGACCUAUGACUGUCUGGAAACUCUCUCAGUGCAUACAAUGUGUAUUCCAAUGCUAAUCCUGUCACCUUGGGCUAUUUAGUUUUCUGCUAUGGACAAUUUCCAUUGAGGAGAUGGCAUUCUUACCUAUUGAGAGGACAAACACUUCACCUUCACAUAAAAUAGUUUAUAAAUACCACCCAUUUUAAUUGCAAUUUUUUGGUAAGUGCUUUUAUGAAUAUUAACAGAUUUAUUGUAUAGUCACAGGUCCUAUUUUCCCAAACUGUUAUAGCAUCCAAAUUGAUUAUUAUAUAUAAAAUGCAAUAAAGACAAAACCUUUGCAAACGGGAAGAUUGUAAAAUACAAAUGUAUAGCCUACAGAUGGAUAUGUAUUUAGCAUAAAAUUCCUGGUUCAUAAAUUGAUAAAACUGUGCUUUGCUAAAAGAAAAGCCAAAAGUAUGUCUUUUUUUUUUUUACAGUUCUUAAAGGGACAAUCAGCAGUUGAAACAUUAAAAAUGUUAUCCCCAUCCCUGUUCCAGUAAAAAGCUGAGGGAUGGAUCUGGAGAAAUGUAACCACUCAAAUUCAUAGGCAGAGCUAUGGAUGCAAGGACUGACCAUCUAUGAUGUUCAAACUACUGUUUUAGCCACGUUUUGAAGCUAUAAACAGGGUCUUACAUUGACUAUGCCCGAUGGAUCUCGUCAGUCACUGGCCCAGUAACUUUUCAGCGCAUUUUCGUGUUCCAGUUCAACAUUUACCCGCUCUACCACUGAAUACUACACGCGAUAAAGUCAUGCCAUUUGUAUUUCACCAAUAUGAUUGACCGUUCAUUGAAGCACCACUUGUUCCCGCAAGUCACAACUACAGCACAUUAAAUAAAAUAUUAG